GUCAUUAGUCAUAACAAAAGUUGAAAGCAGCGACUAACUAGUCAUCUCGAGCACAGUGUGAUUAGAAAAAGUAAUUUUCAAGUGCUUGUAGAGCAGGGAAAACCUGAAAUAACUAUUCGGAAUCGGCACCAACUUUGGCCCCUCGAGAUCGGUUUACUUUUGAUCCAUUUUGCCGCUGUUUUAGGCCGAAAAAAGUAGCAAAUCGAAGCUAACAAAAAAAAAAUGUUGAACGGACUGUGGAAAAACCCUCCGAUCGGGGAAAGAGACCUACUACAAGUUCUCCAACGACUGCUGGGCGGCGAUACUCCCCCGAACAAGGUGCUGGAGGUGAAAAACGAGAACUACAUCAACCUGCAGGUGCUCCAUCGGGACGAUGCAAUGCGGCUAUAUGCGCCGAGCACCGGGGGCAAUGACAAGAAAGCGGUGUACGAGAUCGUGCUGGAGCGACCCCACUCGGAGACGGUCAACACGUCUUAUAGCCUCUAUCGAAGUGUAACGCAAGCCGAAGCUGAGGAAAAGUUUGAAGCCUUCCACCAAAGACUACCGGAGCUAGUGAAAAUGAUUCGUGAGAUGUACAACAUCAACGGACUCCAGAAGCUGUGCGACACUUUGAUCGAAUAUCCUUCCUGGUCGAUGGCGCACAUUAUCGCCCACUUCAAUCUCAUCGAUUAUAUCUCGAAUCCGAAAAUCGUAGAAUCGAUAGACGAUCCGGAUCAUACCGGACUUUUGACACCCUUACAGAUCGCAACCAAAGCCAACAACUUCGAGAUGGUCAAAGCUCUUCUACCGGUUAGUAACAUCGAGCACUUGGAUAACAAUAGUAAUUCCGUGUUUCACUAUGCUGCUAGCACCACCAAAGAAAUGAUCAAUCUGCUAACGGCCAAGAGUACAGCCAAUCUGAAUCACUGCAACGCCGAUGGCUAUACGCCUCUCCAUUUGGCGUGUUUAUCCGACAAGCCGGAUUGCGUUAAGGCUCUACUGCUGGCAGGAGCCGAUACCAACAAGAUGGCCCGGUUUGCGAGUAAUUCCUACAAUAAGACGAUGGCUUCGAAACCUUACUUCUCAGGCAAUGUUGCGGACUUUUUGGUAAGUAAUCCGAACAAGCUGUUCACCCAGGACAUGAAGCACGGUGGAACGCCACUGCACUGGAGCUCCAGCCGGGAAGUGCUGAAUUCGCUGAUCGAACGCGGCUGCGAUGUUAACUUGGUUAACUUCAACGGGCAGACACCGCUGCAUGUUAUGGUCACCCGCGACCGCCUCGAAUGCGUGGUUGCCCUCCUAGCCCACGAGGCGGAAAUCGAUGUGGUGGACAACAACGGGAACACUCCCUUGCACAUUGCCGUCGAGAAGAAGCUCAUUCCGAUCGUUCAGUGCUUGGCCGUGUUCGGAGCCGACAUCAACAAAACCAACAAGGACGGCAAAAGCUCCCGGCACAUGGUCGGCAAGGAUGACUCCGGCUCGAAGGAUUCCAUGAUCCUGUACAUUCUGCAUUCGGUCGGAGCGAAACGAUGUACGGAGAAUGGCGGCAGCAAGUGUCCUCCCGGAUGUUCGAUCAAGGGCACAUUCAAUGGAAUUCCACCGGCACAACCGGAAACCUCCGAACAGCGGGAGCACAUCCAGCACGUACUGGCCAGCACGAGUCGGUCUCAGCGAAAUAGCAUUCCCAGUAUGAUUUCCAAUACAAUUAAAUCCGUUCGGGAGGAACGAGAGGCGUUGCGUGAGAUCAAAGAGGAGGUGAAAACGGUUGAUGUAACUCAGGAACGCAAGGGGGCCAGCAUGAUGGACGCAUUGUUGUCGAUGUUUACCAAUAAAGUGGAAGCAGCUUCCAAGGUUAGUGCACCCGGAUCGGCUUCGACUUCCCCGACAGGAAAGGGUAUCAUAGAUAUAGGUGAUGAACCGAUGUUGGAGGAACCCACCGUUCACCAGUCAACAUCCCCACCACCUAAUUCAGGGGAAUGGCAUGGUCGCGGACGGUUGCUUUGCCUCGACGGUGGUGGCAUCCGUGGUCUGGUGCUGGCGCAAAUGCUGCUGGAAAUUGAGAGUCUCGCACAAACCCCGAUAAAUCACAUGUUUGAUUGGAUCGCCGGCACAAGUACCGGAGGAAUACUGGCACUGGGGUUGGGAUGUGGCAAGACCAUGAAACAGUGCAUGUGCUUGUACCUACGCAUGAAGGAUCAAGCUUUCGUUGGCUCCCGCCCUUAUCCUAGUGAUUUGCUGGAAUCAGUGCUGAAAGAGCAACUGGGCGAAUUCACCGUUAUGUCCGACAUCAAAUACCCGAAGCUGAUGGUCACGGGAGUGAUGGCCGAUAGGAAACCGGUCGAUUUGCAUCUGUUUCGAAACUACAAGUGUGCCAGCGAUAUCCUAGGCAUUGCAACACCAUCCAACUGCCGAAGACAGCCGCCACCGCCACCAGAGGAUCAGCUGGUGUGGAGAGCGGCCAGAGCAACGGGAGCAGCACCUUCGUACUUUAGAGCAUUUGGUCGGUUCCUGGAUGGCGGUUUGAUAGCGAACAAUCCCACCCUGGAUGCGAUGACCGAGAUUCAUGAGUACAAUAUGGCCCUAAGGAGCAUUGGACGGGAUCCGGAAGCGGUCCCGAUCUCAAUCGUAGUAUCACUUGGCACUGGUAUGAUCCCGGUGACGGAAUUGAAGGAAAUCGAUGUCUUCAGACCGGACAGUAUAUGGGACACUGCAAAGUUGGCCUACGGUAUCUCCGCUAUUGGUAAUCUUCUCGUCGACCAAGCAACGGCUUCCGAUGGCCGCGUGGUGGAUCGUGCCCGUGCCUGGUGCAGCAUGAUCGGCGUCCCGUACUACCGUUUCAAUCCGCAGAUGUCCGUCGAUAUUGCGAUGGACGAAAAGAUCGACGAACCACUGAUCAACAUGCUGUGGGAGGUCAAGGCCUACAUGUACGCCAACCGGCGAAAGGUCAUCGAAAUGAUCAACAUUCUCAAGUGAGGAGACAGGUCCGGCCGUAUAAUUUGAUCUUUUCUACUUAGUAUCAUUCUCUCUUGUACACAUACAAACACUAGUAAUGGACAGGAAGCCACAGUUCUCAGAGACAAUACACAAAACAAAUCAGAACUAUUAUAUAUCGUAUGACCGAAGAAGACAGUAAGAUGUAAUUGUAAGUAAGCAGAAAAAAAUACCACAAGAAUCAUAUUUUUACAAUGCAGGACUUGUAGCAGGAGAACAGAAAAUUCCGAUUAGUUUGUAGGGACAGUACAACGAUAGAUUAAAUUUACAGAGAAAGGAAGAAAAACCAGCGGCUUCACAUUUACAGUACUUGGUAGUCGAACGCAAACAAUUAGAUAAAUCCGUAAACGAAUUGAACCUUUGAGCUUGUGUGCGCUACUCAGAGCGAUUGAUUGUUUUUUGCUUCGUGGAGAAAGUUUUCAAAUCUUCAAAGUGAUGCAGUAGGUAUAAACGUAGAUGUCGUUGACUCAAAACAAACAAAUAAAAAACAAAAACGAUAGAAUAUGUGGAACACAUUCGAUUGGCAAACAGCUGCAACAAAAUGAAGCUUCCCUUUUACAUAAGUGUGUUUGUUAUAUUUACUACGCGAAACGGUUUGUGCAGACAGAGUCAUCGAUUUUCAAACAAAGUACCCAUUUGUUCCUUUACGAAACACAAACCACCUAGAUUUUACUGAUCCCUUGUAUCCCCACCCCAGUCAGUAGGUACCAAUUUCGAUGCUCUGUCUUGUUGUCUUGUAAAAAUAAAGAAUGCAGUUGCUGUGUAUCGUUUAGGGUGUAAUUCGAAAUUGAUAGGCUACAUAUUUAAUUUUGCCUUGCUUGGUAUGCUUUGCAUCGACUGCUAGGUUCGACUUCAAAAUGUAUAAAUUAUGGUACGCCUUAAAGGCAAAUUCAACUGAAUUCAUUAUUUUCAGUCAUUACAGGAUUAUGUUUAAACUAGUUCAAAUAACAAACAUUCAAGCUUUGAAGACGUGGUGCAGAGAAUGGUCAGUUAUUUAUUUGAGUUAUCAAUUACCUUCCCACCAACUCCCCUUAAAGCUAGAUCCUCUUAAAACGAAAAAUAGCCCAAAGAUUUCAACGAGAGACGGCAACCGUCACGUUCCAUUUUAUCCACGUUAACUAAUCCGAAGAAUAGUUUAACCCGAUCGAACAAUAGCAACAACAAAAUUAAAAAAAAAAAACAGAUACAAACUGGUGUUUUAAAUUACUGAAAAAGACUUGUACAAUUCAGAACACAUUUCAACCGUGAUGAAAGGAUGUUAUAUCAAUAAACUGUU